UACAGUAGUCCCAAAGUUACAGCCUUGCAAAUAUAUCCGGGAAAGGUAAAAUGUAUAUGUUCUUGAAUUUCUAAACUGAAGUAGAUGCAUGAUUUGGUCAUGAAGUGAUGCUGACUCUUAAGUUCUGGAUAUUUGUAAAAGAUUAAGCGAAUGGAAAACCUAUUAUGGUAUUUUCUAUUACAGAAUAGCAAACUGUAAUCAAACAAUACUCAUGCAGAGACAUCUUAACAAACCUGUUUCAUUGUCACCUGGCUUCCUAGUUUAAUUUAAACAAAGAAUCAUGCAAUAAGGUUCCUCGGACUAGGCUACUUUGAAACUCUUGUUUCAUGGAUCGAUGGGGAUUUUGGAUGGAGACGAUUAUUUACGCCUUGACGACUGACAGGUGAAUCCAUCGAUGCUGUAGUCUUUCUUGGCUCGAUUACAUUGCACUCUAGUCGGUAAGUUUAUUUUAAAAUGGCGGCUGAAGCUCCAAGACAGCUACGCUGAGAGCGGAGGUGAGGGUGGGUUGCAGCAGCGCAUCAUCAUCAUGGACCACCCGAGGAGCCAACAGCAACCAGCCGCGUCGACAGCCCAUCUGUAGCAUCAACAUGGCACAUUCCACGGAGGGGACCAAAGACCGGAGAGGAAGCGAAAGUGGUGCGGCUGGAGGUACCUUAAUGGAGAACGGCACGGUCAGCUCCGACAACCAUAACCACCACCAUGAACACAGCAAGCCCCCACUCAUCCAGCACUCCCUGCACUAUGGCAACCCCCAGCAGGGAUCCGAUGAGCAGGACCUGGACCAACACAGCCUAGCCUCCCAGGACUCUGGCAUCCCUACCCUGGAGAUCAACCACCCCGAGCACAUCCACUCCCAACCAGGAGACGGUGGCCUUACCCUGGGUUCCAACCACAACGACCAGGGCCCUGCUACCCUCUCUCUAGACCAGUCUGGAGACAGCGCUGGUCUCCGCAAGUCCUCCACCUUUCCCCGCAGUGGCUACGACUCGGUGCGCCUCUUCAGCCCCGCCCCAAGGUCCGGAGCUGGCGGCGUGGGAGUUGUCACCACGGGGAUGGGCAGCAUAGGAGGGGGAAACCUUAACCGCAGUGACGACAUUUCGGUGUGCAGCGUGUCGAGCUUGAGCACGGAGCUCUCGGCCACACUGUCGGCGUCCAACGAGGACAUCCCGGACUUCAUGGUCACCUCCGACUCCAGCGCCAUCGUCACCCUGGAGACGGACGAGGGCGACGCCGCCCAAUUCUCUGACGUCACUCUGACGUCGUCGCCGGGCGGUGACAUCGGAGGGGAUCUGUGGAGCCCACGACAGAGACCGCUGGGGUCAGAGGAGGGCAGGCCCAAGAGACUGGGGCCACUGGCUAGCUUCUUCAACAGGAGUCUGUUUGCUAAGAAAGUGAAGGACACUAUGCCAGUGGAGCAGGAGGACACAGGCUGGAAGCUGUUUGGUCGGGUCCCCCCUGGAGAUGGGAGGGACCCCCAGAAAAUACACAAGGAAUGUGAAAGUAACACUAGCAGAGCUGGACACAGUCCUUCGUCUCCUAGACAGAGUGUCAGGAAGAACCUGGACUUUGAGCCCAACUCCACCACAGCACUUAUACUGGAGGCUCGCCCUGCUAAUCUGCCAGCCAAGCCUGCGGAGGAGGCCCAGAAACACAGACAACAGUAUGAGGAGAUGGUGGCCCAGGCCAAGAAGAGAGAGCUCAAGGAGGCCCAGAAGAGGAGGAAGCAGCUGGAGCUCAGGUGUAAGGUGGAAGAGAGCAUUGGCAAUGCCGCCCAGACCUGGAACCAGGAGAUUCUGCCCAACUGGAGCACCAUGUGUAACUCUCGGCGGGUCAGGGACCUCUGGUGGCAGGGAGUGCCCCCUAGCGUCAGGGGCAAGGUCUGGAGCCUGGCGGUGGGCAACGAGCUCAACAUCACUCACGAGCUCUACAACAUCUGUCUGGCCAGGGCCAGGGACAAGUGGAAGUCUAGGCCUACAGAACCAGUGACUGAAGAUGCAGGUUCAUCUCUGGCGGACAGAGAGGCCAGUCUGGAGCUGAUCAAGUUGGACAUCUCCAGAACUUUUCCCCAUCUCUGUAUCUUCCAACAGGGAGGUCCGUACUACGACGUGCUGCACAGCAUUCUAGGAGCAUACACCUGCUAUAGGCCAGACGUGGGCUACGUUCAGGGUAUGUCGUUCAUCGCGGCGGUGCUGAUCCUCAACCUGGACACGGCAGACGCCUUCAUAGCUUUCGCCAACCUCCUGAACAAGCCCUGUCAGAUGGCCUUCUUCAGAGUGGACCACAGCCUUAUGUUGACCUACUUUGCUGCUUUUGAAGUGUUCUUUGAUGAAAACCUACCUAAGCUGUUUGCACAUUUCAAGGAAAACAAAUUGACCCCCGAUAUUUAUUUAAUCGACUGGAUCUUCACCCUGUACAGUAGGUCACUGCCAUUGGACCUGGCAUGUCGGGUGUGGGAUGUGUUCUGUCGUGACGGAGAUGAGUUCCUGUUCCGGGUGGCCCUGGGAAUCCUGCGCCUGUACGAGGACGUGUUGACCCGCUUGGACUUCAUCCACAACGCCCAGUUCCUCACCCGCCUACCCGACCACAUCCCCCCGGACCAGCUGUUCUCGCACAUCCACGCUGUCCACAUGACCAGCAAGAACAGGAAAUGGGCACAGGUUCUUCAGGCCUUACAGAAGGAGCAGGAGUGGAUCAGUCCAGUUCUAAAGCGCUGAGUACAACGGUCAUCCAGGAGCAAAACAACAGACUGUAGCUCAUUCUCUAACACAGUACUCUACCUGACCCCGUGAAACACUGGACCCUAGCCCAGGUCAGGCUGUGUGAAGGAGCUGCCCUCCCUGGGAUGGAGCCUACCCCAGGCUCAGAGCACUCUGGGCUGGGGACAACCAGCCACUGUGGUCCCCCUAGAUGUGAGUCAUUGAGCAGAGACCCUGGAGGUCUGGAACAGCCUGGGGUGAGGGGUGACUCGGCCUUAUUAUACAUGCUGUGCCCCCUGUCCCAGAAUUAAACCAGGCAGAAAGAUGCUCUCGAAUGUACUGUAUUCUGCCACAUGUCUAUUGCAGGGAUACUAGUUACCCAACUGGACCUCUUCUCUUUCUCACUCCUCUUUUUCUCAAUAACUUUCCCACUAUUUUCUACCUCUCUCUCUUCUACCUCUCUCUCUCUCUCUCUCUCUCUUCUACCUUCCUCUCUCUCUCUCUCUCUCUCUCUCUCUCUCUCUCUCUCUCUCUC